GGACUUUCGUAAAAUGCACUGUCGGAUCAGCUAGAAUCCGUUUCGCAGGCCGCCAUCUGCCAUGUCUCGAUCUGCAGAUCCCCAACACCGUCGGUCCGUUGACCUCGUUCCCAGCACUUUUUGACGCCCUCAUGACUCCAGGCCGCCUGGCGUUGAGUAACCCGGUCAACUUCCUUUUGCUGCGGUAGACUGGAGGCCAGGGGCCGCGGACCUGGGACUCCCCAGAGUCAAGUUUGAUGCAUGGAUCCCAGCAGGACUGGGAACAGAAGCAUGAGGAGGAACAUGUUCCUCUGGUGGAUCUUACCGCUUAUUCCCCAAGGCUUUGUUCGCCAAGUCCGAGGAGAACUUCCUUUUAUGCCGGGAAACAACGCCGCCAUGCUGGUCAACUGGAAUGCUGUUGACGGAAACAAGAAGUUGUUCGCCAUCUAUGACACAAGCAGCGUCAACGAGCCGGGCAACAUGUCUUUCGUGAAGGAGACGGUGGAUAAACUCCUCAAGGGCUACGACAUCCGACUGCGGCCGGACUUUGGAGGCGCUCCCGUAGCAGUCGGGAUGAGCAUAGACGUGGCCAGCAUAGACAUGGUGUCUGAAGUCAACAUGGACUACACGUUGACAAUGUAUUUCCAGCAGUACUGGAGGGACAAACGUCUGGCCUAUGUCGGAAUCCCUCUCAACCUCACCUUGGACAAUAGAGUAGCAGACCAGCUGUGGGUACCGGACACCUAUUUCCUCAAUGACAAGAAGUCCUUUGUCCACGGAGUCACCGUCAAAAACCGCAUGAUCCGUCUUCAUCCAGAUGGAACCGUUCUUUACGGCCUUAGGAUAACUACGACAGCGGCAUGCAUGAUGGAUCUCAGGAGGUAUCCCCUGGAUGAGCAGAACUGCACUCUGGAGAUCGAGAGCUAUGGCUACACCACAGACGACAUCGAGUUCUACUGGAAGGGAGGCGAAUCGGCCGUCACGGGGGUGACGCGCAUCGAGCUGCCGCAGUUCUCCAUUGUCGACUACAAGUUGGUUUCCAGAAACGUGGUGUUUUCCACAGGUGCCUACCCUCGGCUCUCUCUGAGCUUUAAGCUGAAAAGGAACAUCGGCUACUUCAUCCUACAGACGUACAUGCCAUCCAUCCUGAUUACCAUCCUCUCCUGGGUCUCCUUUUGGAUAAACUACGACGCCUCGGCAGCCAGGGUGGCUCUAGGGAUCACCACGGUGCUGACCAUGACCACCAUCAACACUCACCUGAGAGAGACGCUGCCCAAGAUCCCGUACGUGAAGGCCAUCGACAUGUACUUGAUGGGCUGCUUUGUCAUGGUCUUCCUCGCCCUCCUGGAGUACGCCUUUGUCAACUACAUCUUCUUCGGGCGGGGUCCUCAGAUGCAAAAGAAGCUGGCUGAAAAGGCGGAAAAGGCCAACAAUGAGAGGGCAGCCAAGUAUGACGCCGCCAGGGAGGCAGGUAGUAGGGCGGCAUCCCUAAAACGCUCCAAUCAGUUUAGAGGCCUUCGCCACUCGCACUCGGCGGAGCCGGGCCACGGGAACAUCCUGCUGACCACGUUGGAAAUCCACAACGAAGUGGGCGGAGGGGAGAUCACCACCAGCGUAGCGGACAUCAGAAACUCUCAGUCCAUGGUGCAGCUGGACAGCACGGCCUCGUCGCACAUCCAGUACCGCAAGCAGAGCGGCGGCAACGGCCAGCGCUCGGCCAGUCGCCAUUCCUUGGAUCGGGCGGCCCAGAUGAAACGCAGCCGCCUGAGGAGGCGGUCGUCGCAGCUGAAAAUCAAAAUCCCCGACCUGACGGAUGUAAACGCCAUCGACCGUUGGUCACGGAUCAUCUUCCCCUCCGUUUUCUCCCUUUUUAACCUCAUCUACUGGCUCUACUACGUCUGAUCAGACUGUUGUUGUCUCUCUCUGUCCUUUACUUUCUUUCCAUUCGGUUUGUUUUUUCUCCCUUUUUUUUCUGUGCUUUUCUACAUACGUUGACUCUUACCAAGAUCAGACUAAAGACUGAGAAGAUUCUGGACCAAGUACUCAUCGAAUAACUUUUUAUAUUUGCCGUCCUUGAAUCUGUUUUUCUUUUCUAUCGUGUGUGUGACCGUCGUCUCCCAUCAACCAUGAAAAGCCAGCAAAAAAACAAAUUUCUAACCCAUAAACUUUAUACGGUACCACACAGGUGAUCAGAUAAGUGCAGGCAAUUCCUAAAAAAAAAUCCUUUUAAACGACAUGUUUGAUUGGUACCCUAUGCACUGUUAAUGCAUGUAAUGAUCUGCCAAUGUGGUCGUCUUUUACAGACAGUUUCGACUUCGCACUCUCAGGCUGUCAAGUGUUUACUAUUCCCGGCAUCAUUUUGGUCAACCAGUGGAACAACAACGACAAGAAAGCACAAGACUGAACAACACUGCCGUUCUAUCGUCGCUUCCGAGUAAACAGCGGACCAAAUUCGGACCCAAAUCGAUUAAAUUCCAUUCAAAAACUGCUUAGGGGCUUUCAGGAUCGCAUCCACCGCAACCGGCAGUUUAUUGAUUCAGGAGCUUUUUCAAGUAACCCCAUAAAUGUGUGUUUGUGCUAUAAAUACAUAAAUUACAGUACGCUAUUUUUUUUUAGGGGUGCACGAUAAUUACGAAUUGUGACGAUAAAUUCGAAAAGCUCUGAUUCAUUUGAAAAGUGACAUGAAAUUACAGAUCGGAUUCAGAUUCCUCGGGUGACGAUUGGAUUCAGAAUCGAUUCAACACGAUUGCCAAUUCAAACUGAUUCUCGCAAAAUGUUAUUCGGUUUAAAAAGCUUAAUAAAACUCUCUUGAGACAAAUUACAGGAUGCAAGUAAAUGGGUUAUACUUAUAUAGCGCUUUUCUACCUUCAAGGUACUCAAAGCGCUUUGACACUAUUUCCACAUUCACACACUGAUGGCGGGAGCUGCCACGCAAGGCCCUAACCACGACCCAUCAGGAGCAAGGGUGAAGUGUCUUGCUCGAGGACAAAACGGACGUGACGAGGUUGGUAGAAGGUGGGGAUCGAACCAGGAACCCUCAGAUUGCUGGCACGGCCACUCUCCCAACUGCGCAACGCCUUCCCCAAGCGCAGCGAGUGAGUCCGCAGAUGGCCUCAAAAAAAUUUUUUUUUUAAAUUUACAUUUUAGAAUUAGAUUGAACAGGAAUCGCGAUUUGAAUGUGAAUCGAUUUUUGUUUUCAGUACCC